GGGUGUGGCCUUUUUACUAUUCUAUCUCAAUUUUCCCCAAGUGCUGUUCAUUCACAUAGGCUGCUUCCAUUAAACACACAAGAUCACAGAGAUGAGUGGACGAAUAGGAGACCUGAGCCCAAAGCAGGCUGAGAUUUUAGCCGAGUUUCGGGAGAGGAUUCAGGACAUCCUUCCAAGCUUGCCUGCGCAGCAUGAUCACCACCUCCUGCGCUGGCUCAGAGCCCGUAGCUUCAAUGUUCACAAAGCUGAAACCAUGAUCAGGAAGCAUGUGGUGUUUAGGGAACACAUGAAAGUAGACACCAUCCUAUCUGACUGGAAACCUCCAGAGGUGAUUGAGAAGUAUGUAUCUGGAGGGAUGUGCGGCUAUGACCGUGAGGGAAGUCCAGUCUGGUACGAUGUGAUUGGCCCUCUGGAUCCUAAAGGUCUGCUGAUGUCAGCCACCAAACAGGACUUCCUGAAGACUAAGAUCCAAAACACAGAGAUGCUACGGCAGGAAUGUCAAAAACAGUCUGAAAAGUUGGGGAAGUACAUUGAAUCCAUCACUCUAAUCUAUGACUGUGAAGGACUUGGAUUGAAGCACAUUUGGAAACCUGCUAUUGAGACCUAUGGAGAGAUCCUCACCAUGUUUGAAGACAACUAUCCUGAAGGCUUGAAGAGAGUGUUUCUCAUCAAAGCACCCAAAAUGUUUCCUGUGGCCUACAACCUGAUCAAACACUUUCUGUGCGAGGAAACACGGCGCAAGAUCAUUGUUUUAGGAAGUAACUGGCAAGAAGUGCUACGUGAACAUAUUGACCCAGAUCAGCUUCCAGUGGUGUAUGGAGGAACCCUGACUGACCCUGAUGGAGACCCCCGCUGCAGAACCAUGAUCAAUUUUGGUGGUACAGUUCCCAAGUCCUACUAUGUGCAGGAUUCAGUGAAGGUUCAGUAUGACAAAAGUGUGACCAUCAGCCGUGGCUCUGUCAUCCAGCUGGAGUAUGAUGUUCCUGCAGCCAGCUGCCUCCUGAGGUGGCAGUUUGCCAGUGAUGGAGCAGAUAUUGGGUUUGGAGUGUACAAGAGGACUAAAGAGGGCAGUCAACAGAAGAUAGCUGAGAUGCAGGAAGUUCUGCCCAGCGAGCGCUACAAUGCACACUUGGUCCCUGAAGACAGCUGCCUCACCUGUCCUGAGCCCGGAGUCUAUGUGCUAUGUUUUGAUAACAGCUACAGCAUCCUUCAGUCCAAGAAAGUGAGAUACAAGAUUGAAGUUAUUCCACCGGCAGAUGUUCAGAUGCAAUGUCCACACAGCAGAGGUGAUGGAAGGCUACAGUGAGGACAUCCACAGCUGAGAGGACACAGUUCUGAUCUUUGUUGCUAGUUAGCUAUGUCAUCCCAUCGGGGCUAAAUUACCUCCACUUCUUCCACUGUGUUCAGUAUGUAUGAAUUCAUGAUACAUACAUGCAUACAUUUGUUGUAAUUUUAUUACGAAGUUACUUAAAACCAGGCUGAAUUUGGGGGAGUCACAGCUGAAUCUGCAGCUUUCUUUAUCUUUAUAGAACUUUCCAAUGAUUAAAGCUUGGAGUUUACCUGACUAACUGCUAAACAACCCAUGAUAGCUGAUUUUACUGGUCACUUUGAAUCAGCAAAAAAAACAAAAAACAGAAGUCUGUGAACACAUGUCAUUAACAACAUCACCACUCAGACCAAGAUGAUCAUGUAUUUGGAGAUGUUUUUGUAUACAUCUGAUUCAUUUUUAGCUCAGUUUUUGGUAUCUACCCCCUCUCAAGGGAAUUAUCUGGGGGGGUUUUCAGCCCCAUUUUGAUCACAAACUUUAUGUAAUUAAUCUUUAUGUAGUCUGUGAGUUAAGCUUGUGAGGAAAGUUAAACAAAAUUUCUAAAUCAUCAAUCAAUAUAUAUUUCUCAAUCAAACCUUAAUAAUGAGAUAACAUAUGAACAUGUAUUUACACAUACAUUUAGGACACUGUACACAUUAUAAUUAAAACUGUUAGGUGUGUUUGGCUUCUUAAGGCUUGUAGUUAAUGUAACAUAUGAGUUACUUUAAUUGGAGAGCUUUUCACAGACCUCUGAAGGUUUACUUCAGCAUCUUUUAGUGGUAGCUUUAGCUAGUAUUGAGUGGUACAUACGGUAUUAUUGAAGGAAAUUUUAAACAAAUUGACAGAAACAACAGGGUUGGUUUGCCCACGGUGUAAUGUAGCCAUUGUUUUCCACUGCAAGAAGAACCAUUCAGAACAACAGUGACAAAGAGAAAUUUUUACUUUAUACAGCAUUUCAAACCAGAACCACAACUAACUGUACAAGCUCAUCAUUUAACACUGAAGGACCACAUUUGUAAAGAGUUACUGUGUUCUAGUAAUUUCUGUAAUUAAUAUGGUAAUAUAUUAGUAAGAUGUUAAUAUAUACGUGCUUUGUGAAAUAUAAUAUAAUAUAAUAUAAGUGCUUUGUAUAAGUGCGUCAGUUUGGGAUGGAUACGAGACAAAAGGCUUUAAGUUUUAAAAGGCCCCCAACAUCAUGUUUUUGUUGCCAUAUUUGUCUCUUUAUAGUCAUCCUGUCUGUGUAGAUGUGUUCAGCUCAUUGUGGUAGUUUUGCAUCUUGUACAUAGUUUCUAUGUCUUUAUGUAGACAUGUUUUGUUUUUGUAAUCUGGGCCCUGUGGCCUGUGCUAUGAAGAGAGUUGAACAUACCCAGGGUGUCUUUUUGUAAUCUGGAUUCAUCCACUAACCUGGUUAUUAGCUGGUUAUCAGCUUGUACAUUUCAUUAUUUUUAAAAGAGAGUUUUAGGUUUUAUUCUGCUGCCUGUAUUGUUAUUAGCUGUUUGAGAGCAUGUAAAGAAUAAAUAUAAAAAUA